ACUUGACUAACUCACUCAGUGAAAUUAUGUAUAUUUACUAAAAUGGUGCUUAAACGUUAGCAGAAAUGACAGCCAUCGGCGGCUGCGGCUACUACCUGGUACAGAAACUGAGCUCCACUUACUGCGAAUGUCGGCGUUAGCCAGAACCAUGCUUUGUUGACUAUGCGAGGAUGUGUUUAUUACUUUAAUUACCGAAAUAACGGUUUUAUUAAAAAACAGGCAUUGUACAGAGGCAUAUACAUUUUGUGGUGAUUUAUUGACGUUUGUAUAUGGUACUGUGUAUAUACCAGAAGCACCGGCGUUGCUUAUGUCAAACCAACUGUUAGUUAAAAAACGUUCAUCAUAAUUUAAUUUACUCAGAUUACUCAAUGUAUUGUUUUCUACCCCAAUUUAUUUUUAGAAAAUUAGUAGAAAGGUCUGACUUUCUCUUACCCUUCAUAGACCGAAGCAUACGUGUGCAAAAACUGAUGAACCAACGACAAUGACUCGUAAAAAUAAUGCUACAACGCGAAGACAUUAAUUUGGAAUAGGUGAUAUAAAAUGCUGCCGUUAUUCACAAAUAUCUGUUUCUGUUUAUUUAAAAACUGUUCAGAUCCACGUUUAAAUUAACCUCCUUAUUUCAUGUAAUCAACUUGAAAUUAUACAAAUACAACUGCCACAUGCAUUGUUGUUUUGCAGUAAGUGCUCUUCCUGUCUGUACGUCACAGUUAACAAACCUCUACCCCGUUUUAAAGAAUUCAUUAUUUGAAGGUGUAAUUAGGCGACACUCUGUGUAAAGCUUCGUUUACAUAAAAAAAUAGACAAAACGUUAUUUAGAUUAAAAAAAUUAAAAGGUUAGAAGGACAAGAUAACGAAAUUAGAACAUAAUUUCAGAGAUUUACGUUUCCUAACUUUUUAUUUGGUUAAUGAAAUUACUCAAUGUUUUUAACAUUGCUGAACUUAUUUAAAAUUAAAGAAGAAUAAUGGAGACAGGCCAGAAACACUGAUGACUUACUAGGCAUUUUAUAGUUGCAACAAUAAAAGCCAAUUUAAAACAUGAAAGACAAAAUGAAAACAAAGACUAUGAAGGGGAAACAAGCGAACAGAUGGUGACAAAUAACAUGACAGACUGGAAUUUACAAAUCUAAACUGUGAUGGUCAUACGAUGUUAAAAAAAAAGGAAAGAGACUAAGUGCUGCACUGGAAGACAAAAGCGUCACUAAGAUUUUAAUUAGAAGGCAGGACGAGAAGCCAGAGAGAGAGCCAGGGGAUGUUGACUCACUCCUCUGAUUUGCUCUCUCAGAUAGUUUGUCCAAUGGAUGAAGACCCUAUUCCCCCUCACCCUUUCUGUAGUGCACCUCCCCACAGUGUACCUCCACCACCUCUCCUCCUCCCUUCCUCCAUCACUCCCAGCUGUGCUAAAUAUGGAGAACCACAACAUAGGAGUAGUGGUCGUAGUCAAGCCAUUAACGCUCAGAGUCCUGAAAAACCGAGUCAUACGAACAGCAAAGCAGAUCAGAAACCGUCCACACAGAACCCGUCCCCCCCUAAGAGACAAAGACUGAUUCAAAGCAUGGUGCAAGAGUCACAGUCCAAAAGGUCUCAAGCUGGAAGUGUUUUACAUGAAGAACAGAAGAAGGAUGGAUUUGGUCCUAUAUUUACAGCGGAGGACCAAAACAGGCAAAGGGAUGAGGAAAGCCAACCUGGUGUCUCUGCAACAGGAAAUAUCACAGAGCACGUGGUUGACUCUACCACACAGGAUCAUCACGUUGCUAAGUCCAACAUGGAGACCUGUGAGAACUCAGCAUUUGAACAAACUGGUGAAAACCCCUCCUCCCCAAAGGGAUGGUUGAUUGGGCCUUUAAUUCAGACAUUCAAGUCAAAGAUUAGCAGUUUCUCAGAGAUUGUGUGGAGUCCUGCUAAACUUUUCAAACCCAAUAAUGACCCGGACUCUACAGACUUUCCAGACAAGCUCAUAGAAUGUGAUCAAGAGGGAGAUGAACCAGCUCAUGUUGAGUCAACUGGUGCGUCACAACUAGUACAAAAAAGUGAGACUCCGCCACCGGAGUCUGAUGGGAAUGAGCAGAGGCUUAGUGAAGACACACAAACUGCAAAACACAGCAGUCCUAAAUAUUACAAAAGACUUGUGUUUGAAGUGGAUGUUCCUAUGCACAAAACUGAACAAAGAGAUGAAAGUGCAAUAUGGCCAACAAAAAUCAAUGCUUCUGACUCUGUUCCGUUGCAAGACAGCCCAAAACACUCCAAUACCUCCAGCACAGCAUCACAACAUGAUGGGUGUUCAAUACUACAGCCCUCCAUCAAUUUCAGUUCUAUGGACAAAUCUGAUGAAAAGAGUGCAGUUGAGAGGCCACACAAACUGGUAGUCCAGUUGAAAACGCUUCCCAGAAAACGCACAGGAAAUAGAUCUGACUUGAAGAAAGUCGUAACACCGCCGGUUAUUCCGGUCAAAAAUGGUGCCUCUGACCCAGUGUUCAAUGAAGGAAAUCUUUCUAAGUGGAGCUCCAUCCAAGUAAACAAAGUUAACGGUGAUAAGUCUUUACAGUCUUCUGUCCUAAACACUCAGCUCAGCACAGACAAUUCUCACAGUGGAGGUACAAAGAAUGUCGACAGCGUUGAAAAUUGCGUGGAGCAGAGCCUUUGGGAAAACACACAUGACAUUGUUCAUGGUAUUGUGAGAUCCACUGCGGAUACUGAGCAGCUAAAAUGUGAGUUAAUCCCCGACUCUGGUUCAGCUACAGGCCUCGGGAGAUCAAAGAGGGGACAAAAAGGGACCUGUCAUUCUCAAAACUUGAUUAGACCGAAAAAAUUUAAAGCAAAUGUAUGUUCAGGGAGCAUGCACCAAAAAGUUUUAGUAAACCUAGCAUCUGAUAGUGGCAUAGUGAAAGCAGUGAGACCACAGAGAGAAGUUUUAGUCACAAAUGGCCUUGUAGAGGUGGAGGACACAUCAAAACCUAUUCCCAGAACUGUUACAUCAAGAGCUAAUAGGAAAGGAAAAGUUGGACAAGACACGCUCCUUAAGACAGAAAGCUCUGACGUGAUUAAGAUUUGUUCUCUGGAUAAAAGUUGUGGUUCAUCAGAGAAAGAUCAGAAGAGCAGCAGAAGCAACGCAAAGCUAAGACCUGAAGCCAAAUCAAGAUUGGGUAAACUUGAUGUAAAUGUUGACAGUAUGGAUCUGGAAACCACCGUGGCCAUCACCUCUGUCAAAGAUGACCAGGAAGGGCCUUUGUUAGAAAUGAUUGUCCACAAUGAUAAAAAGCCAAGUACAAACAAAAGUAAGAAAGCACUAAAAAGAAAAUCACCAACUCAAUCCAGUUCAGUGACUGAGGUCGAAAGCACUUUAAACUCUCCAGUUAGUUCCACUGAGCUUACACCUACUGAUUUAAAAAGCUCCACGCCAGUUACAGAGGAGACCCUCAAAACAACCAACCGAACUACUACAAAAUCCAAAAGUGGUUAUAAAGGUGCAGUGAAAUGUUCUGGAUCAGAGGGAACUCAAAAAACACAGCAUUGUACUGUAAACCUGUUGAUUAAAAAGGAAGGUAAAAAUAAGGACAUGAUGAACCCGCUUUACUUUGAAAUUACCCCUUUUGAAAGUAGUCAACAAUUUUCUUCCUCAAGCUCUACAUAUCAACUAAAUUCCGAACAGUUGAACAAUAAAUGUACAGAAGUCACACAUCAAAAUAAAAACAAUGCAGUUGUUUCUCAGACAGUGAUUCCCGACUCUGGAGCCAGCAAUCCAAGCAACAACAGUGUUUCUCGGUCAAGGUCUCAUCCAAGAGCAGUCAUCACUAACCCGAGGCCCAGGAGAUCAGAUAAAGGAAGGAGAAAGGCUAGCGGGUCACACAAAGGUGAAGAUAAGACUGAGUUGGUUACUAUGGACAGAGCAGAUUUGUCUACUCACUCCUUGGGGAAAAAAAACCUGUUGCGCAGCUACUCGUGCCCAGAGAUCCCUUUUCUCCAUCCCCAUGACACCCUGUGGACUACGACAACUCUCACCAAAUCUCCUCAUCUCAGCAAGUCUCACACAUCACACCUGAACCUGGUGUUUCAAACUCCUCCUCCCCCUAACACACACAAGUUUGCGCAGCGCACUCGUCGUCACACCGUCUGCAGUCUGGAGGUGGAGAGGGAGAUUGCUCCACUGUGUCUGCGUAAGGAGGUGUACCCAACCAGAAGGUCUGCUCCGAUCGAAAGUGUCAACUGGCAAACAUCUCCUAAUAUCCCGCAUUCUCCAAGCAGUUCUCUCUCGGCUUUGGCGAACUAUUUCCUUUCAAGUCCCCUGGCUUUUCUUUCAAAAAGAGCUCAUGGCAGAGGAGCCGCCGCCAGCCGUAGCUCUUCCAGCCAUGUGUCUUCUCCGUCUACCUCAUCACCAUCUUUCACAUCCCCACUGAGCUCUACGACCAGGCAUCAUCCAGAAAUCCUCCAGAGAAGUGACACCUCCCACCCCUCAGAAUCUAACAGCAGUGAACAAGUGUUGGAAUGUGAGACUGAAAAGGGACAGGGCAUCGAAGAGGAUGAAGAAUGUGAAGACAUCAGCUCAUCAAGUCAGGAAUAUGAAGAUGCUGCUUUCAGAGAGGAAAAAGCUCUGUCAGACUCUGAACUUAAGAUUGUACAAAAGCACGAGGAUCGAGGAAAGGUGUCGUCGAUCAGAAUUCGGAAAGCUUUACCCAAACCCCAGAACAAUUUGACACCCAUGGGCCUCCCUAAACCCAUCAGAUUGAAGAAAAAGCAGUUUAGUUUGGAAGAAAUUUACACCAACAAGAAUUUCAGCAAACCUCCUGAAAGCCGAUUGGAGACGAUAUUUGAAGUUCCUCUCUAUCGCCGAAAUGGUUCUGAAUCCUUGUUCGGACAGAGACGUGUCAAAAGGUUCCUGGAGUUCCUGGAUGUUGGUGAGGUCCGAAAACCAAAGAAGCCUCUGGUUGGUGUUGGGAAAGUGGUUACGACAUCUUCCAGGACACGAAGAGGGGGCUAUGCUAAAAAAGAACCGGUUGUGACCGUGCAGGAUGUGGACUCGCUGCUGUGUGCCAAACUGGAUCAGCUGAAUCUGUGGCUGAUACAUGAUCAAAAAGGCCGCUGACGUGGUAGUAAUUUUGCAGCUGUUUUCUUCUAUCUCUAUUGUUCAAUGUAUUUUCUACAGUUUAAUAUGCACAAUCAAUAUUGAUGGGUGACAUUUUUAUACCAUAAGGUGUAGUUUCCACAUUGGUACAAAUGCAUGUUCUGAUCCUGUGGAAAGAGGAAAAAAAAAUCAUAGAUGACAGGGAACACUGUGUCUAACAGCCAGAUGUUUUCUCAGUCAUCUGUGAGGCCUUGUUUCUCCCACAUAUAGUAUUCAUUCCUUCAGCUGAAGGGUUUUAUCCUGAUUUUGUGGCUUUAGUAAACUUGACAUGUUGAAUCUGCUCAUCAUUUUGGCAUUGCCUUUGUGGAGGUACAUUACCCUGCCUCUCCACAGGAGGGUGAGAUCGGCUGUCUGCCUUUUUUUAAACUUACAAAACUUACAGCGUUAAUGAAGCUAUCAAAUGACCACUUUGUAAAUCAGACACUGCAGGUAUUAAAAGUGGCGAAGAAGGAAAACUACUGAUACUUCACUCACUCAUGACAUUAUAUUAUUAUUAUAUUGUUGUUAUAAUUAUGUAAAAUAAUCCACUCCCACCCAGAAUCAUAAAUAUCUUAUGUCUUAAAAAGUAUAAUGAAAAGGCAGCUGUUUUUCAUUUAUGUGCAGUACAUACAGCUGCCAGCAGGAGGUUUGUCUUUGCUGGGUUUGUAACCCCAAAGUUUAUGCACAGUUGUUCUUUAAAUGGCAAUGAUCUGUGGAUAAUUCUUUUCAUGUUGAUACAUUUAUGGCUGCAGAGGGUUUACAAUUUAACAUGUGAAGAAUGUGACACUGCAGGGCUGUUAUUACCUUUAGCAUGGAAUAGAGUCCGCAUUGUAAUUCUGGUCCUUUCCACUUCCUGUGUAUCUCUCAUGUCUAUAGUUGUAUUUUAAUGUAACUUGGUAAACCGCCUGUAUAGUUUGUCUUUUCUUGCCAAAUUUGACAGAAGAUGCCGUUACUGUUAAAUUUACUAUUUAAAACAGUGUUUUAUAGAUAUUUGUAAUUCUGUAAAUCUGUUUUUGUCAAGAUGUUUGAAGCAAAGUAGCACAAAUGAUUGUUUUUUUAUUAUAAAAUUGUUUCUGUUAAAUGUUUUGUAUAAAAGUACAGCAUAUAUACAUUUGACAUUAUUAAACCUAAUAUGUAAACAGGGCAAUUAUGCCAAGAUAACCUUGGCACAAGAGCUGCACGUUGGAAGCACUGCCUCCGUCCCAGACGUGGCGUCACAUUUCCUGUACAGAGCCAGUCCUUUGUCAACAAGAGGUUCUCUUUUGUUAAAUUUAAAAAUGAUCUUUGAAUUAAAUCUUAGGGACUGGCUGUGUACUGGGAAAUGACCAUUUAUACAUGUCAUGUUUUCUAUGUACUGCUAUAGUUUAAAUUGUGUAUAUGUUAAUAAAAUAAAUAUUUCAGCUUG